GCAGCCACUUAUAACUAUUAAAUUAGGCAUUUUUGACUAAUUCAUUUUUAGAGAGUAGGUUACUAAACAAACAAAAACUUAUUCAACCUAUUUUAUUUUUUAGUCAACUUCUGCUAUGGGCAUAUGCAUUUUUUACACGGACAUUUUUUUCGACGCUUUCAAACAAAUCAGAAAAAAGAAUCGUUCCAUUGAUCAUAUGGAUUUAAAAUCUCAAGCAAAAAUAAGAUGGAUCAUUAAGUCAUCCAUUCGUUUGUGCUACCUUGUAGUAAUAGCAGCUAUAGCUGAAAGCAUUUUAUUUCAGCCUUUUAACAAGGACAUCAUGAAGUUACACUAUUUCGUGGUUUGGAGCAAAAAUAACUUGGGAUGGCUUUACAAUUAUGCAAUAUUUGGUUAUUUUAGUUCGUUUAUUGUGUGCUUUUAUGCUUCAAUGACUGAAUUGUUUCCUGUUAUUUAUUUAAUAGUUCAUAUUAGUAUUCAAAUCAUGAAUUUGAAUAAUUAUAUAAAAAACAUUUCAAAUGAUUAUGACGAUAAUGAUUUGGAUCUUUAUAAUGAUGUGAAGUAUCAAGAUAAUAUUAAGAAGAGAUUGAUAUUUUGUAUAAAGUUUCAUCAAGAAAUUAACGGAAUUAUAAGAAAUGUCUAUAAUAUUACAUAUUUUCCAUCAAUUAUACAAUAUAUUGGGGGAACUAUUGCUGGUGCAAGUGUUAUGUUCUAUGCAUAUACGGAAAUGACGACAGAGGCAUAUGGCAGAAUUGCAGGAAUUACCUGUAUGGGAGCUGCAUUAUUAGGAGUUGCAUCACUAUAUGGACAAUAUUAUAAAGAUAUGACUGGUUCACUAUUUGAUACUGCAACUGAUGUCCCUUGGCAUUUAUGGAAUAUCGAAAACAAAAAACUUUAUUUAAUUUUCUUAAGUAACUGCAAGGUUCACUGCUUGGGGAUGUCAACUGUAACCAUGGAUUAUAUGUUAACAAUUAAAGUUUUAAAAAGUUUGUAUUCCAUGCAUACAAUGAUAAGAGGAGCUUUAAAACACCAAAGUCACAGUACGUGAGUCAAAUAUAAUAACAUAAAAAAAUGAAAAUUUAUAUAUUUCAAUAAUUGUCAGAUAAAGUCAACUUAUUUGGAAAAAUAAAAUAGUUGUAAAGCAUUCCAUAUCUUUGCAUUUUUUAAACAAAUUAUGGAGAUGGACAAUAAUAUAUACAGAUUGUUAUUAAAUUAUUGUCAAAUAUAAAAAUGGGUAGGUCGUUAGGGUCCAAAAGUACGCCACUGAUUCACCAGGAACCGCGGAUUAAUCUAUUAGUCUAUGAGUAGUGUCGAAAUGGAAGGCAUUUCAGUCUUUGCAAUAUUGGUUGCCUACUACUGGCGUACAGUCUGC